AUGGAAGCAGAUGACCGUAAUGUCCGGAAUACAUCUGAGGAAUCUUCUGAUAAAUCACAUACCAGGACUCUAAGAUCUCACAGUAGAAAUACUUUAAUAGAUCCGUCUAUUCCCGAGGAAUCUUCUUCAGGGCAGGAAGGAGAUCACACAGAAGAAAGUUCAUUGUCAUGUUCAGUGUGUGGGAAACUUUUCACAAAAAAGAGAGACCUUCUUAAACAUAAAAAAAUUCACACAGGUGAACGUCCACAUUCAUGUUCAGAGUGCGGGAAAUGUUUCACUACCAAACAAAACCUUCUUAAACACUGGUACAGUCACACAGGUGAGCGACCUUUCUCAUGUUCAGAGUGUGGGAAAUCUUUCACGUCCAAAGGAGGCCUUGUGGAUCACCAGAGAGUUCACAAGGGUGAGCGUCCUUAUUCAUGUUCAGAGUGUGGGAAAUCUUUCAAGUCAAAAGGACCCCUUGUGUAUCACCAGAGAGUUCACACAGGUGAGCGUCCUUAUUCAUGUUCAGAGUGUGGGAAAUCUUUCACGGCCAAAGGAAGCCUUGUGGAUCACCAGAGAGUUCACAAGGGUGAGUGUCCUUAUUCAUGUUCAGAGUGUGGGAAAUCUUUCAAGUCGAAAGGAGGCAUUGUGUAUCACCAGAGAGUUCACACAGGUGAGCGUCCUUAUUCAUGCCCAGAGUGUGGGAAAUCUUUCAAGUCGAAAGGAUACCUUGUGUAUCACCAGAGAGGUCACACAGGUGAGUGUCCUUUUUCAUGUUCAGAGUGUGGGAAAUCUUUCACGUCGAAAGGAUACCUUGUGGAUCACCAGAGAGCUCACAUAGGUGAGCGUCCUUAUUCAUGCUUAGAGUGUGGGAAACCUUUCAAGUCGAAAGGAUCCCUUGUGUAUCACCAGAGAGUUCACACAGGUGAGCGUCCUUAUUCAUGUUCAGAGUGCGGGAAAUCUUUCUCACAGAAAGGAAACCUUGUGUAUCACCAGAGAGUUCACACAGGUGAGCGUCCUUAUUCAUGUUCAGAGUGUGGGAAAUCUUUCAAUCAGAAAGGACCCCUUGUGUAUCACCAGAGAGUUCACACAGGUGAGCGUCCUUUAUCAUGUUCAGAGUGUGGGAAAUCUUUCAAGUCGAAAGGAUCCCUUGUGUAUCACCAGAGAGUUCACAAGGGCGAGCGUCCUUAUUCAUGUUCAGAGUGCAGAAAAUCUUUCUCACAGAAAGGAAACCUUGUGUAUCACCAGCGAGUUCACACAGGUGAGCGUCCUUAUUCAUGUUCAGAGUGUGGGAAAUCUUUCAAUCAGAAAGGGCAACAUGUUAAACACCAGAGAGUUCACACAGGUGAGCGUCCUUAUUCAUGUUCAGAGUGUGGGAAAUCUUUCCGUUUGAAAGCAAGCCUUGAGUAUCACCAGAGAGUUCACAGGGGUGAGCGUCCUUAUUCAUGUUCAGAGUGCGGGAAAUCUUUCUCACAUAAAGGACACCUUGUGCAACACCAGAGAAUUCACACGGGUGAGCGUCCCUAUUCAUGUUCAGAGUGCGGGAAAUCUUUCACUUCGAAAGUAAACCUUGUGCAUCACCAGAAAACUCACACGAGAUAACAAUCUUUCUCAUAACAGUGGUGUGUUGGGGGAGGGGCGGAAUAUAUUGAAUUUUUUUCAGGUUCGGUUUGAUAGAUCUGAGUCUGCAGGGAUUGAAUUCUAGUAAUAUGAUCCUCUAAACAUACAGAGAUGACUCGGUCCCGCACUCACACAGACCGCACCAUACAACUAAACUGGGCUAACACAUUGCCAGAUAUGACAAUACAUGGACAACACUUCUUAUUUGUUGAUAUCGGUUUCUGUACAUUAUUGGUCUUUUUAUAUUUUAUUGUAGAAGCUCAUUGGUCCAACCAAUAAUACAUUUUUUUUUGUUUAUUAUCUUUAAUUAUAAAGAUUUAGAUUCUUCGUUUUUAUUGUUUGUUAACCACUUGAAGACCCCAAUGUUAAAUCCCAUUCCUGUCAAGACCAUUUUUUAGUUUUCGGCACCGUGAUACUUUGAC